AUGACAACCCAGAACCUCGCCGGCGAGGCAUACCCAGCUCAUCAGCCAAGCAAUGUUGUUGCGAUGCCGCUCCCCCAUUUCCCCGUGUCAGCAGAGAUCCCCCAAACGAGCGACGUGCUGAUCAUCGGCGCCGGCAUCGCCGGUCUCGCCGCCGCGCUCGCACUCGCGCGCUAUAACCACCGGGUCCUCGUCCUAUCCAACAACAAGCACCCGGGCCAGGGGCCAUACAGCGUGGUGCGCGCCUUUGCGGGCGGAGAGGACCAGGAGCCCCGGGCCAUCCGCCAGACGAUGAUCGACCACAUUCACGAGAAGUAUCCGGAUAACGUCCGGUUUGUCCACGCCGAGGUAACCACGAUCCGUAACCUUGACAGUAACCCCUGUGGCGGUCGCUCCAGUUUCGAGGUGCGCGACAGCACCAAUGGCAUGUACUGUGCUCGUAAGAUUAUCUUGGCUCUUGGCAUCACGUACACCAUGCCCGCCAGUCUGCCGGGCUACGAUGCGUUGUGGGGUACUAGCAUUUUCCACAACCUCCUCUUCAACGGCCACGAGCACCGCGGCGUGUUCCGCGCCGGCAUCCUCGCCACGGGUCCGUACGUGAGCGGCGCAGCCGGCGUAUCGCGCGUGAUGACGCUUGCGCGGCAGGCCGGCCGUUUCGCGCGCGUCGUCACCGUCUACACCAACGGCGACUACACGCUCGGCACACACAUCCUGCGCGAGUUCCGCAACAUCGGCAGUCCGCUCAAUCUCAUGUUCGAGAACAGCCCCAUCAAGAGUCUGACCCCCGCCCCGGCUUCUGCCGAAACCAGUGGUGCCGUGGUUGUCACGUUGGAGCUUGGAAAGCCCCUCGAAGAAGGGUUUUUGGUCCAUAUGCCCAGCUUCACCGUGAACGGCAGCGACCUCGCGACGCAGCUGGACCUCGAGCGGGACUCCGCCGGCGCCAUCGUGACGCGCCUGAACUUCAGCACCAGCGUCCCGGGCGUCUUCGCCGCCGGCGACUGCGCCAACGUCUCCGUCCGCACGUACAGCGUCGCCAACAUGUCGGCCAACGCCGCCGCCUACGGUGCCGCCAUUAGCCUCCUAGAGGAGGACGGCGGCCUGAAGUGGGCUGACGCUGGUCAGUGA